AUGUAUUUGUUCAUCACGGGCGAGCCAUCCUUACCGGUGAAGGCGACCUCGACGCCUCCCCAGCUCAAGGAUCCCGAAGUUCAGAACUUGCUUCAACUUGACCACAAUUUCGAUAUGCGUACCGUGACGGAGCGCACCGGAUACCCUUCUAUCGCAUACAAGGCACAAACUUGGCGUGCCCAAAGAGACAUUGCUUUUCCAGGCGAUGAAUCUGAUCCCGACUCUGAUCCAAUCAGAGUCGCCACUCCCAAACGCUUGUGCCGUGGAGGGAAGAUCUACCUCGCCAGCACUGGUUAA